AUGGAGUUAGUUAUCCCACAGGGUAACCUAAGGGAGCUCGGAGUGUGGAAAAUUCAAGGCAGGACCCCACCCCGCAGGACGGUUUUUCUGGCAGGGGGCACGGCCACCGCACUGCGGGGAACUGAGCCUUUAUGUCACCACAAAAAUUGUGCAACCACGCGAGGCGGAGGUGGGACAGGUGUGGGAUUUUGUCCCCCGACCACGGAGGGGGGAACACUGAAGGAAAGUCGGUUGAGCCGCGUAUGUGUUUCCUUUGCUCCGGGCCAACUGUCACACCGUCGCUCGGAGCGACUUGGACGACCCUACCCACUCCCGUCCCACACGCUCUCGCCCACCAACGGAGCUGGCGCGUGCCCGCUCCCGCAAGCGUACGCCUGCGCGGCGGGCCCCUCCUCCCGCCCCUGCGGGAAACUUCCACCUAGACUCCCAAAGGUCAAAGGGGCGCGUGGCCCGGAGCCGGGGGAGGGGGGGGAAGAAGCGGGCGAGUCGGUCGCGCACGCGCGGUGGUGCGCCCCGGCGCGCGCUCCUCUGCCCCCUCUUCCCCUCCCCUCCCCGGGUUCCCAACCUCAUUCGUUGGGUCCGAGGCAGACGAGCUGGGUGAGACUGACCGUUGGGAGCCUCCGUCCCCGGAGUCGCCGUCCUAGUCCGCUACCUCCCCUCCCUGGCUCUGCCCCAACAGACGAUCCGGGAGCCGGGAGCCGGGGAGGGGAGGACAAGGAGGAGGAGCCCACCCUGACCUUAGAGCUGGAGCUGCGGAACCAGGAGGACCCGGGGACUCUGGACCCGGGGCGGGUCCAGGACCAGGAGGUUCCAAAGCAGCCGGCGAUCUCAGCGAGGGAGCUGCAGCUGACCCUGCUGAAGAUGUGGGCGGAGGGGCAGGACACCUGCAUGUCCCUGGGGGUGAUGCUCUGCGUGGUCCUGCUCACCAGCUUGGCGCGCGUCCUGGUCCGGAGGCACAUCAGCUCCUCGUUCGUCCGCGUCUUUGCGGCGGAGCUGCUGGCCACCUUCCAGCUCUGCUGCUGUUCCCUGGAGCUCCAGGUGCUGAGCGACCUGGGGCCGGCCAACCCCAGCUGGACCCUGACCAUGAUCUACUUCCUCUCCCUCGUCCAUGGCCUGACGCUGGUGGGCGCCAUCAGCAACCCGUGCGGGGUCCUGGAGCAGCUGGCGCUGGAGCAGAUGCCCCUGUGGUUGGGCUUCCUCAAGAUCUUCGCGCAGAUGCUCAGCUCGGGACUCAGCCGGACUUUCAUGAUCUGGGUCUGGAACCUGGGCAUUUCCAAGAGCCACUUUGUCGAGAGGGCUCUGAAGUGUACCAACCCUAUCCAUCUCGCUCUGCCCGAGGCAUUCCUCGUGGAGAUGGUCUGCUCCUUCAUCUUCCACAGUGCCGUGAUGCAUUUCCAGGAGGUCAGGCUCAAGUUUCGAAUCCACAUGCAGGCAGCACUCAUCACGUUUUUGGUCUUUGCAGGAGGAAAUCUAACAGGAGCUGUAUUUAAUCCAGCUUUGGCCCUUUCACUACAUUUCCAGUGCUUUCAUGAGUUAUUCUUCAGCUAUUUAAUUGUGUAUUGCCUGGCUCCUUCUUUAGGUAUAAUGUUGAUGGUUUUGAUGUUCAUCCAUUUCCUUCCUUGGCUGCAUAACAUGAAUAGAAUUAAUAAAGAUGAAUAGCAAUUAUCAAAGACUAAUACUAAGUUAAAUUGCAGUCCAGCUGGAUGUGAAGCAGUCACCAAGCUCAAUCGCUUCAUGUUCUAAAUGCCAGUUGCACUUUUCUCCAAAUGUCAGAUUUCUUUGAGGAUGCUGUCUUACAGUUCCCAUCACUAAGACGUUUAAAAAAAUCAAUGUGAAAUUGAGGUCUCCUGUGUAAAGACUUGUUCUUUUGAAUGAUGUAUAUUAAAAUG